UAGCCCUUUGCUCUGCCUACUGCUCAGCAAGUGGGUUCCAGUUUGAUAAGAAAAGACUUCCUGUGGUGGAAACUGAAAGGAAGAGGAAGGAGUUUGCACAUUCCUGCUUAGGAGGCUGUGGGAGAAGGAAGAUGGCCAGAGCUUUGUGUCCGCUUCAUGCCCUCUGGCUUCUGGAGUGGGUGCAGCUGCUCUUGGGACCCGGUGCUGCCCCUCCAGCCUGGGCCUUGAACCUGGACCCAGUGCAGCUCACCUUCUACACGGGCUCCAAUGGCAGCCACUUUGGGUAUUCACUGGACUUCUACAAGGACAACCGUGGGAGCGUGACCAUCGUGGUGGGCGCUCCGCGGACCCUGGGCCGCAGUCGGGAGGAAACGGGCGGCGUGUUCCUGUGCCCCUGGAGGGCAGAGGGCGGCCAGUGCACUCCACUGACAUUCGACCUCAAUGAUGAGACGCGAAAAGUAGGCUCCCAAACUUUCCAAACUUUCAAGGCCCAUCAAGGACUGGGGGCGUCGGUCGUCAGCUGGAGAGACAACAUUGUGGCCUGCGCCCCCUGGCAGCACUGGAACGUCCUAGAAAUGACCGCGGAGGCUGAGAAGACGCCCGUAGGUAGCUGCUUCGUGGCUCAGCUCCAGAAUAGCCGCCGCGCUGAGUUCUCGCCCUGUCGGGCCAACACCAUGAGUCGGGUUUACACGGAAAAUGGAUUUUCGGAUGACAAGCGUUACUGCGAAGCGGGCUUCAGCUCCGCGGUCACUCAGGAUGGAGAGCUGGUGCUUGGGGCCCCUGGAGGCUAUUUUUUCUUAGGUCUCCUGGCGCGGGCUCCAAUUGCAGAUAUCAUCUCCAGCUACCGCCCGGGCACCCUCUUGUGGCAUGUGCGCACCCAGCGCCUCACCUUCGACUCCAGCCACCCAGAGUACUUCGAUGGCUACCGGGGGUACUCGGUGGCCGUGGGCGAAUUCGACGGGAAUCCCAACACUACAGAGUAUGUCUUCGGGGCCCCCACCUGGAGCUGGACCCUGGGAGCGGUGGAAGUUUUGCACUCGAACUACUAUACGCUGCACCGGCUGCACGGAGAGCAGGUGGCUUCGUAUUUCGGGCACUCAGUGGCUGUCACUGACGUCAACGGGGACGGGAGGCACGACCUGCUGGUGGGCGCGCCACUGUACAUGGAAAGCCGCGCUGACCGAAAGCUGGCCGAGGUGGGGCGCGUGUACUUGUUCCUGCAGCCUCGGGGCUCCCACACGCUGGGCACCCCUAGCCUCCUGCUGACCGGCACACAGCUCUAUGGGCGAUUUGGCUCUGCCAUCGCGCCUCUGGGCGAUCUCAAUCGGGAUGGCUACAACGAUGUUGCAGUGGCCGCCCCCUACGGGGGUCCCAGUGGUCGGGGCCAAGUGCUGGUGUUCCUGGGUCAGAGAGAGGGGCUUACCUCACGCCCCUCCCAGGUCCUGGACAGCCCCUUCUCCACAGGCUCUGGCUUUGGCUUCUCCCUGAGAGGUGCCACAGACAUCGAUGACAAUGGAUACCCAGACCUAUUGGUGGGAGCUUAUGGGGCUGACAAGGUGGCUGUAUACAGAGCUCUGCCAGUGGUGAUGGUCACUGUCCAGCUGCUAGUGAAAGAUUCACUGAAUCCUGCUGUGAAGGAUUGCGUCCUGCCUCAGAUCAAGACACCAGUGAGCUGCUUUAAAAUCCGAAUGUGUGUGGGAGCCACUGGGCACAACAUUCCUAAGAAGCUGCGCCUAAAUGCCGAGCUGCAGCUGGACCGGCAGAAGCCCCGCCAGGGCCGGCGGGUGCUACUGCUGAGCUCUAAACAGGCAGGCACCACCCUGCACCUGGACCUGGGCGGGAGGCACAGCCCCAUCUGCCACACCACUGAUGCCUUCCUCCGAGACGAGGCCGACUUCCGGGACAAGCUGAGCCCCAUAGUGCUCAGCGUCAAUGUGUCCCUGCAGUCUGAGGAUGGACUGCCCCCUACUCUCAUGCUGCAUGGAGACACCCACGUUCAGGAGCAGACCCGCAUCAUCCUGGACUGUGGGGAAGAUGACCUGUGUGUGCCCCAGCUUCAGCUCACUGCCAGAGUGACGGGCUCCCCCCUCCUAAUUGGAGCUGAUAAUGUGCUAGAGCUGCAUAUGGAUGCAGCCAAUGAGGGGGAGGGGGCCUACGAGGCUGAGCUGGCCGUGCACCUGCCCCCAGGUGCCCACUACAUGCGGGCCCUCAGCAAUAUGGAGAGCUUUGAGAGGCUCAUCUGUAACCAGAAGAAGGACAAUGAGACCAAAGUGGUACUGUGUGAGCUGGGCAACCCCAUGAAGAGGAAUGUCCGGAUAGGAAUCACGAUGUUGGUGAGUGUGGAGAACCUGGAGGAGGCUGGGGAGCUGGUGUCCUUCCGGCUGCAAAUCAGGAGCAAGAACAGCCAAAAUCCAAACAGCGAGGUUGUGCUGCUGGAUGUGCCAGUCCGGGCAGAUGCCCACGUAGAGCUGCGAGGGAACUCCUUUCCAGCUUUCUUGAUGGUGGCGGCAGAAGAAGGUGACAGGGAAAACAGCUCGGACACCUGGGGCCCCAAAGUGGAGCACACCUAUGAGCUCCACAACAAUGGCCCUGGGACCGUAAGUGGCCUCCACCUCAGCCUCCACCUCAGCCUCCACCUCCCCAGCCAGUCCCAGCCCUCCAACCUGCUCCUGAAUAUACAGCCUCAGGGGGGGCUUCAGUGCUCCCCACAGACCUCUCCCAACCCUCUCAAGCUGGACUGGGGGAUCCCCACCCCCACCCCUUCCUCCAUGUACCCAGCCCAUCACAACCGGGAGCGCAGGCAGGCAUUUCUAAGAGACCCCAAACAACCUUCUAAGCUUCAGGAUCCAGUUCUCGUGAGCUGCGACUCGGAGCCCUGUAUUGUGGUGCAGUGUGAACUGCAGGAGAUGGUGCGCGGGCAGCGAGCCAUGGUCACCGUGCUGGCCUUCCUGUGGCUGCCCAGCCUCCGUCAGAAGCCACUGGAUCAGUUUGUGCUGCAGUCGCAUGCUUGGUUCAAUGUCUCCUCCCUUCCCUAUGCCGUGCCUGCCCUCAGCCUGCCCAGUGGGGAAGCUCUGGUGCAGACGCAGCUGCUUCAGGCCUUGGAGGAGAGGAACAUUCCAAUCUGGUGGGUGCUGGUAGGCGUGCUGGGUGGCCUGUUGUUGUUCACACUCCUGGUCCUGGCCAUGUGGAAGGUUGGCUUCUUCAAGCGGAAUCGGCCACCCCUGGAAGAAGAAGAAGAAGACGAUAAAGAGGAGUAGCGGUGCAGCCCACGCUCUGUCCUAGCAGAAAGGCUGGUGUGAUGCCUGCUCUGCCCCUUCUUCUCUGAGUGCCCCCCAACUCUGGUCACCCACAGGCUGGAGCUGUUCCAUGGAGGCCACCUGAUGCCCUCCCUCCCAAGAGAGCUUGGGCCACCCCCUUUCCUGCUGCCUAAUAAAGAGGCUGAGCCCCAA